GCAGUAACUUGCAACUUACCCUCGGUUUCUUGCCCCAUGUCUUCCAUGAACUUUGACUCAACCUGGAUAUGGCAUCCGGACUGGGUUGAAGAUCCAUCCUCGUCGUAUGCGGGUGGCUUCGUCAACUUCAGAAAGGAGGUCGUCCUUGAUCACAUCCCCCAAAAUCCCGUUAGAAUACAGGUCUCGGCCGAUACCAGGUACAAGCUCUACAUCAACUCUCGCUUUGUCCAUGCCGGUCCGGUCAAGGGUGACCAGCAGGCCUGGUUUUUCGACGAGUUGGACAUCCAGCCACACCUGCAACCUGGCACGAACCAUGUCGCUAUUCGUGUGCUGCGCUUCUACUACGCCAGCCGGUUCGCUCCAAGUUUCCCAAGAACCCCCUUUCCCGGACUUCUCGUCAGGCACGUUCCAUCAGGCCAUGCUGAUGUGCGGACCUUUGACAUCCACACCGACGAGUCUUGGGAGACAAGCAUCGACAUAUCAGCUAGGUUGCCCAAUGACAUGAAAGAUGAUGAUUUUCUUCACGUCUUCGAGGACAUAGAUGGGCGGAGUUACCAGUAUCCCAUAUGGGUGUCCGCAGUCUCGCACAAGUUCCUGACCUCGUUUGGGCUCACCACACCAUGGAGGCUAUCACCGCGGUUGAUUCCAUAUCCGCACCUGGAACUAGCUGCCCUCAAGGCUGUCCACAACAUACGCAGUUCUGUACCUCGCUCAUCUUGGGAGAACAUACUUCUGCAGCCGCAAGAACAGAAUGCCGACACGAGUGUCUUACUUCCCGCUGGCACUGUACAUCAUAUCGAGCUCGAGGUCGAACAUCACACAACCGCCUACAUGGCCUUCCAGUUUUUGAGACCAGCAGCUGGUGGAAGCAGCUUGUCCGUCACAUACUCUGAAUGCUACGAGGACGAGCCGGUUCAACUGCCAUAUGUUCGUGCAAAAGGUGAUCGCCGUGACACCUCCAAGAGCUUAUUCGGGCCCAGAGACCGCUACGUCUUUGUUGGGCCUCUUGAACCCGGUGCAGCCAUAAAGCACUACGAAACGGAAGAACAUGAAGAGUCUUUUGCUCCAUUUCACUUCCGUACAUUUCGGUUCAUGGCCUUGGAUAUCGAAGUUGCAAGUUCUGCGGACCUUGUCCUCCAGCGGAUCGACAUCACCAAGACAAAUUACCCUCUACAAGUAACUGCAGAAUUCAAUCCGCCAGCCGAUGCUUUGUGGGCUAGAGAUCUAUGGACCGUCAGUCUUCGGACCCUUAUCAACUGCAUGCACGAUUGCUAUGAAGACUGCCCUUUUUACGAGCAACUACAAUACGCAAUGGACACGCGAAGCUCUGCACUCUUUACUUAUUAUGUCUCUGGCGAUGACCGCCUCGCUCGCCAGGCUAUCAUGCAGUUGCAUAAUUCCUUCCAGCCGGCGAUUGGUCUGACAGCCAGUCGUGCACCGGCGCAUCAUCUCCAGAUUAUCCCUCACUUUUCACUAUUUUGGGUCUGCAUGCUCGUAGACCACUACGACUAUUUCGGAGAUGCGAGCUAUAUCAGCAAGUUCCUGUCAGUGAGCCAUGCCGUCUUGGAGACAUUCAACAGCCGUAUCGACGCCGAACUUGGCCUAGUAUGUAGUGUUGAGGCCCCAGAUCAGUGGGACUUUGUCGACUGGGUCGACGCGUGGAAACCCUUCGGGAUCCCACCGGCUGCGCGAAGAACUGGCUUUCAGACGUUUACCAAUUCUCUAUAUGCCUACACUCUUAAGCGUCUGGCUGCGAUGCUGAGUGACAUUGGCCGAGAAGAUCUGGCAGGUACAUACAACACGCGAGCGGAUGCCAUCGUACGAGCUAUUCGAGAUCAUUGCUUUGAUGGUCAUUAUUUCACAGACGGCCUUGCAAAACAAGCUGAGUCGACAGACUACAGCCAGCACAACCAAGUGUGGGCAGUUCUAUGUGGAGCAGUCUCUGAUGAGAGAGGCGCGAGUCUUCUGACCCAGUCACUGGCCACUGCAGAGACGCAAACAGACCUACGCUCAGAUUCUGACCCAACAGGAACGAGGUCGAUAUUGAGCUCACAGAACCGGAUCUUCACUCCUACGUCCACUGCAAUGUCAUUCUACACCUUUCGAGCUUUAUCACAAGUCGGAAGAGGCGUUUAUGACGCGCAUUUCAGUCGCCUUUGGGACCAGUGGCGGGCUCAACUAGCGCAAAAUGUCACCACCUGGGUCGAAGACAACGUAUCUCAACGCUCCGACUGCCACGCCUGGGGCAGUCUGCCGCUCUACGAGUUUAUGGCCGAAGUCGCUGGAGUUAAGCCAGCCGCGCCAGGCUGGGCAGCCGUCUCCUUCAAGCCUCGGCUCAAGCUGUUCCGAACAUUAGACGUUAGGGUGCCAAUAGGAGGAACGCCGGGGUCCAGAGUUGCCAACGUACGAUGGACCACGGACGAAGGAAAUGCCAAAGUGAAGGUGACCCUGUCCGUAGAGUUCUUGCUCGAAGCAGGUCUGGAUAGCGAUAUAAAGUUGCCUAUCUAUGUCAACCUGCCCGAUGGACGCAGUGAGAUAAUUCACGGUCCCGGGAUGGCCGAGUUUGAUGUUGAUGUAGCAGCAGCUCGAUGAACUCGAGGAUCUCUACAGUAAUACCCCUGGUCUAUUUUGGUGUUAUCUUGAACUUCACGGGACUUGGUUGGUUGGGUGUCUUCAAGCGGAGGUCAAGGUACAGAUCAUUAAAGUAGAAAUACACAAGUUUAGACUGUGUUUAACAAUUGUGUUUAAUUGAGGAAUUAGCCAAGUUCGGAACUCUUUUGAAUGCAAUGGCUGUACUUGUUAGUG